AUGACCACUGAGAUGUCGGGUGGUGGGCAGCCAGUGAAGGACGCAUCCGCAAUCCAACAGGAAAUGCUACUCGAUGAAAAGCAGAACCUAGAAGCAGGUGAAGCAGUUGGACAAGAGCCGGAGGCUAAGGAAACUAAGCAUCAACAGGAACCAAAUGACGCUCUCAGUGGGUCCGCUUCACAGCACCCUGAGCGCUUAGACAGGAGCGCUUCUAAUGCGCACCAAGUCCCAAGAAAAGCUAAGCACGGAGGCAAUGGCGGAAAAGCCCCUAGCAAUAAAAUGCACAAGAGUUCAGAUAGCCCUAGCCCGAACGCCGCUUCGUCCAAGAGGCGUAAGGAUACAACUAACAUGACUGACAAGAAAUCAAACGUCUUUGCAUCCUACAAGGAAGUUUGGAUGCAGCAGACAAGGCUCCGCAAAUUGGAGGCCGAAGCGAAGAUGGCAGAGGCUAAGGCCAAAAAUGCAACAGACAUAGCAGAGCAAAUGAAGCUCAAGCGUGAAGAGGCCGAUCGGAUGAAGCGUGAAAUGGAGCUUGUUAUGCAGGCGCGUGUCGACAACUCUGCAGAGCUGCGAGAAACGGUCAAGCAGAUGGCCGCCUCCCUCCACGAAAACGCUGCUCGAAACAGAGAGGAUAUUCAAAACAAGAAUCGAGAAGAAGCUGCUAGCUAUCGUGCAUCGGUGGCCCAAAUGCUCGCCGAGAAGAGGAAAGAGUGGGAUAAGCGCCAGAAGGAGCUUGUUGCACAAGCAAAAGCGAUGAACGCAAAUGCUAUUUGCGACGACCCAAAGAUGUACUGGAUAACAAGGUCGAAGGAAAGACAGCAGAAGGAAAUGGAUCGCUUAGAAAUGGAACGUCGGGCCAACGAAGAUGAGCUCCGGCGAUUGAAGAAGCAAGAGCAGAGGCUAAUGCGCAGAAUAGAGCAAAGCAAGCAGGUUGAAGAAGAGGAGAGGCGGCGAUAUGAAACAUAUCUCACCGGAGAAUACAGGACCGGAAAGUCAAGCAACAGCCCUACGACCACGACAAGCGGCGCGAAAAAGUCGAAGGCGCCUGAAAAGACUAGACAAUCUAGAACUCUGACCAAGUCAACUAUAGAAGAGUCACCAACCAGGGCUGACACUAGUAUACUACCAAAUGAUCCGACCAAUGACCAAGCACCAGACUAUAACACUUGCGAGUUUGAUGAGGAGAAUGAGAGUCCUGACCACCCCACUCCAUGA